AAGCCGCGAUGCCUGCUGGGAAACUACAAACUCGACAAACCGCCAUCUUUCUUUAUAGCAACUUAGUGGGACAAAACAAUAACCACUUUCGAAUGAUUAUUUCUCCAAAAUAGACCCGCUGAGGCGUUCCAUUUUGUCAGUUAUUAUAAAUAACAAGUUUAAAGAGAAGCAGGUGGAACGGAAUUCCUCAUAUUGUUCACACAUCAGCCAUAAGACACAGCAAUUUGGUGUAAGCGCACGACUAGUGCAGGUGGUCGACAUGGGCCGCUCUCGGAGCCGCAGCUCAUCUCGUUCCAAACACUCCAAAAGCAGCAAGCACAGUAAGAAACGGAGUCGGUCUCGGUCGCGGUCCAGAGACAGGGAGAGGUCAAAGAAACGGUCCAAGUCCCGAGAAUCGAAAAGGAGCCGGCGCAGAGAAUCUCGUUCCCGUUCUCGGUCCACCACAACUUCGUCCCGCAGAGACAGAGCAGCUUCGCCGCCGGAGCGCAUCGAUAUCUUUGGCAGGACACUGAGCAAGAGGAAUGCCCUGGACGAGAAGCAGAGGAAAGAGGAGGAGGAAAGGAAGGCAGAAAUGGAAAGACAAAGGAAGAUCCGGCAGCAGGAGAUUGAGGAGAAGCUGAUCGAAGAGGAGACGGCACGGCGAGUGGAAGAGCUGGUGGCCAAGCGGGUUGAGGAGGAGCUGGAGAAGAGGAAGGAUGAGAUCGAGAGGGAGGUGCUGCGGCGUGUUGAGGAGGCAAAGCGUAUCAUGGAGCGGCAACUUCUAGAGGAGCUAGAGAGGCAGCGGCAGGCCGAGUUGGCAGCGCAGAAGGCCAGAGAGGAGGAGGAAAAAUCUAAGCGGGAGGAGCUGGAAAAAAUCCUGGAGGAGAAUAACCGCAAGAUCGCCGAGGCUCAGGCCAAGCUGGCUGAAGAGCAGUUGCGUAUUGUGGAGGAGCAGAGAAAGAUUCACGAGGAACGCAUGAAGCUGGAACAGGACCGUCAGAGGCAGCAGAAGGAGGAGCAGAAAAUAAUCCUCGGCAAGGGCAAGUCCAGGCCUAAGCUCUCCUUCUCCCUCAAGGCUUCUGAAUGAGACUGCUCCCCCUUCGUCCACAUGUCAUGCCCUGCCUUCAUCCCCAUCCAGCUCUCCCUCCUCAUCAAUUGACCCCACUCCUCCUCCUCUGUGGAACGCUCGCUUCGUUUUGGAAGUGCUGAAGGAAGGCUGAGGAAAGGGGUGCAAAUCAAUCUGUUAACUUGUUCAUCUCCAUGAAGGCCCCUGCCCCUCUCUGGCCUUGAAGAGGAGGCAGCUCUUUGUCCUCAAAGGACCUGAUUGCUCUCUCCAUCCUUCUCAUCCCUACGGCACAGAUGACUUGUUUGCUUUUUUUUUUGGUUUUCUUUUCUUUUUUUUUCUUUUUUUUUAGAAAACUUGAACUUUUGAUGUAGAAUGCUAUAACAUGUCCCUUGCCCCGUAAGUCUUAACUGGUGUAACAGCAAGCGACUGUGCACCCGUACUCAUUUUACAUGUCUUUACAGCCAGCAAACUACAAUAGAAUGCCAGUCCCUGAUAUAGAAGAGUAUUGUCUAGUUUGUCUAGUUCAGCUUACUGUAAAAUCUCAUGUGCAGCCUGGGAGUUGGUGUGUGGUUUUCCUGUUCUUAGUUUUUUUUUUUUUUUUUGUUCUGAUAAGAUUCAUAAAGUGGCUGGAGCAGUGGUAACAAAUCACAAUACAGCCUUUAAAAGCACAGUUAACUUCCCAUCCAGCUCACAGGUUUGUGUCUUCCACCUUACUUCCUGUGCCCAUAUGCUCUGCUUACCAUAUAAAUCCACAACUACUUUUCUUUUUGUUUCAUCUCUGUCUGCCAUGUAUAUUAUUUGUUUUGAAAUGACAUAGCAGCAUUUUGUCCAGAGAGGAAACGUAAAGCUUUUGUUAGUUUUGAAGUUGCUGCAGUGCAAGUGAACUUAGCCUCGGCUCCCAAGCUGUCCAUGACUGAACCACAAACCUUCAACAGGAUACGCGUCUCGACUAUGAUGAGGGGGCCUGUGGGUAAUGGAGGAGAGAGGACAUUUCCUGUAUGAUGUAAUGUUAUUAGCCUUGCUGUGAUGUACUGACUCCCACUCCUCUGCUCCCCAAGUUAAGAUUGUGUUAUGAAAUUGAUCCACAAUUACAAAACAAAAAGUUACAGUAAUGGUAAAUACUUGAGCUUUGUUUUAUCAGACUCUCUGGGAAAACGGUGAAUUGCACGAAAACUCCCGACCAUAUACUUGAUGUCCUGUCCCUGAAUUUUGUUGUAGUAAAUUAACUUGGCAAUGUGCCUCACUUGGCAAGUUUUUAUUCGUAGUGGAUGGACAAGUUCAGGUAAGAUAAGGUUUGAGGUUAGUGUGAGUGUAUGUGAGUGAAUGAGCAAGUGUGUGUGCAUGUAUGUGUGUGUGCGUGCUUGCGUUGGGUUGUGACUGAGGCUGACCUCAGGUGGGUAUAAUGACUUUUUGUUAUGUUGUGGGAUUUUGAAUUUGUCAUGUAAUUUUCCCCAAUUGUCAAGGGACUGAAAAGUUCAGUAAAUCCAUUGAAUGCCUACA